CAUAUAUGUAACGUGUAUUAUAUUACGUAUAUAAGCUGUCAUUGUCGCCUGUAUUCGCCAGUUCUGACCAGACCACUAACAAACUAACGGUACAUAUUUCGCUAACAUGUUUCGAUUCGUUUGUGUAUUGUUCAUCGCCUUAGUGGUGUUUUGUACCGCUACAUCCGCUGGAAAACUAGUCUGUAACAGGCCAAACGAGGAAUAUCGUUGUGGAUCGGCCUGUCAAACAACUUGCGCUACUUUAGGUCAACGUUGUCCCAUUAUGAAUAUCAGAUGUAACGAUGCCUGUUAUUGCAAAGAAGGAUACGCUAGAUAUGGCGGUGAUACUGGCAUGUGUGUUUCCAUAAGCAAGUGUAAUAGCAAACGUUCGGCGAUCGCUCAGAUUUUACGAUCGAAACAACUCUCUAAAAAUUCUGGCGUUUAAUAGUGGCACUUACAGGAACACAUACAGGAACCAUCAUCGUUGAUUUUCUAUCUAGUAAAAAUGUAGAUAACACGGUGCUGAACUUUCCUCUACAUAUUUUCUUGUUCCUCGAGUGUGAAGUUCGAUUUGUUAUAAAAAUAAGAAAGCGUCAUCGUGCGAUAGACGUAAAGUAUUGAAUAAAAGUACAAAUGUUGGCUCCUUUCGCGAAACUCUUUUCGUCACGAAAAAUUUUUAAUUUCUUGAUUACAUAUAUUAUUUUAAUAGUUCCAUCUUCCAAUUAACGGACAUUCGAAUUAUUUUUAUUUUAUUUGUAUUAAAAUAAAAAAUGGAUUAAAAAAUCAAA